GGAGGGGAACAGCCUCGGCGUCCUGAGCCUCGGCGUGCUGCUCCUGGUCGCCGCCUCGGCGGGUGCGGAGCCGCCGCCGAGCUGCGAGGCGGUCCGGAAAGUUUUCCAGCUGCGGCGGCUCGGCCCCCUCGGCGGCGUCCCGGAGUCCCCGCGGGCAGGUGGUGAUCUCCAGGUUUGUACUUCUAGAAAUCUAACAUGCUGUACUAAAAAGAUGGAAGAAAGGUAUCAGAUGGCAGCAAAGCAAGAUAUACAGCAAGUGCUUCAAACAUCAAGCGCUACAUUAAAAUUUUUAAUAUCUCGUAAUGCAGCUGCUUUUCAAGAAACCUUUGAAAUGCUUAUCAGACUGGCUGAGAAUUACACAAGCACACUUUUCUGCACUGCAUAUAGAAACAUGGCUGCUGAGGCUACUGUGCAUGUUCAGGAGUUUUUCACUGAUGUUGGACUCUUCGUAUUUGGCACGGACAUUAGCACAGAGGAAUCUGUGAAUAGAUUUUUUGACACACUGUUUCCGGUAGUCUACAACCACGUGAUUAACCCUGGUCUGACUGACAUUUCACUGGAAUAUGCAGAGUGUCUACAGACGGCGAGAAGAGACAUCAGGCCCUUUGGCAACAUUCCCAAAAAGGCCAUAGGUCAAAUGGGAAGAUCCCUCUUAUCCAGCCGGACUUUCUUGCAGGCUCUGAAUUUGGGGAUUGAAGUGAUCAAUACAACAGAUCACCUGCAUCUCUCCAAAGACUGCAGCAGAGCUUUACUGAGAAUGCAGUACUGCCCCCACUGCCAGGGACUGAUGACGAGCAAGCCCUGCAUGGGCUACUGCCUCAACAUCAUCCGGGGCUGCUUAGCCAACACAGCGGAAAUUGAUCUUCAUUGGCGGGGAUAUAUUCAGUCCCUGGAGGAGCUCUCAAGCGCCAUGAGUGGAACACACGACAUUGAGCAUGUGCUUCUCAACUUUCAUUCGCUUGUUAAUGAUGCUCUGGUACAGGCUCAUAACCAUGGGUCAGAGUUAUCUGAGCAGGUGAAAAAGAUAUGUGGUCCUCCUGUAAGGAAGCCUACGCAGUCUCCAGGUUGCUCCUUUGAUCAGAACAAAGAUAAUCAAGGAUUGAAGAUGUUCUCAAGAGACAGUGAAGAAACACUCACCAAUAGAAGAAAGGAAUUUAUCAGCCACCUGCGGCUCUACAGAGCCUUUUACGGUGGCCUGGCUGAUCACCUGUGCAGUAACGAGUUGGCAGCUGCAGAUGGACUCCCGUGUUGGAAUGGAGAAGAUGUCAUAAAAAGCUAUACACGUCGUGUGGUUGGCAGUGGAAUCAAAGCUCAGUCUGCAAAUCCAGAAGUAAAAGUGAAGGGAACAGAUCCUGUAAUAAGUCGAAUUAUUGACAAGCUGAAACAUAUUAUUCAGCUGUUGCAGGGCAAAUCAUUUCCAAAAUAUGAUAAAUGGGAUCUCCAACAAACAGGCAGCGGUGGAGGUGUAGAUGAACAAAUAAGUGGUGAUUGUGAUGAUGAAGAUGGUUGUGGAGGAUCCGGAAGUGGAGAAUUCAAAAGAGUCCUGAAAAUCACAGACUGGAUGCCAGACAAGACGAACCUCAGUGACGUAAAGCAAAUCCAUCAAAUCAACGAUGGCAGCACUUUAGACGCAACUGGAGCAGGAUGUACAACAAUGGCCGAUUAUAUAGCGUUUAUGCUGAUUAGUUUGGUAACACUAUUUCUCAGUCUUUGCUUAGCUCUGGCUUGAUAAACUCAUUGUCAUCUGUUUAUCCUCACUCACAAGCCUGGAAUAAGGGAUCUGGUGAAUAUAGCAAUAUUUAUGAUAUCAUGUAUAAUAUCAGCCUCUGAUCUUAGGCAUAAAUAUUAACAAAGAUUUUGUGUAAUAAAUUUAACCUGUGGGGUUUUUAAAUGCCUGUACAGUCACACAAAGUCAUGUUUUCUUUUAUAAUAUUUUAUGUUAGAAAUAAGUUGUCUAUGUUCGGGUUUUUUUUAAAGCAAUUUGUAAAAAAAAGAUCACAGUAUCACUGAGUCAUGGAAAGGGUCCCAGGAGAUCACCGCGAUGAACCCUAUGCUCUGAGUAGACUCACUUGGAGCAAGUUGCCCAGGGCCAAGUGCAGUUGGUAUUUGAAUGUCUCCAAGGGUGGAGACUCUAGAGAAUCCCUGGACUAACUCUUCUGGGUUUUGAGCAUUCCUAGCAGAAUUUUUUUUCUUACAUUUAAAUGUUGUCUAUUGUAUUUCAGUUUGUGCCCAUUGCCCAUUGUGCCCAUUGUGUCCUGUCACUGGGCAACACUGAAAAGAGUUUGUCUCCAUUGUGUUUACUCCACUUAUUUAUUUACAGUAUUUAUACACUUUAAUAAAAUCCCUCCCUUCAUCUUCUCUUCUCCAUGCCAAAUAGACCAAGCUGUCUCUGCCUCUCCUUGUAUAAGAUUUGUUCCCAUACCUUAAAAAUCUUCAUGGCCCUUUGCAGGACUCCAUCCAUUAUGUCCAUGUCUCUCUUGCCCUUGUCCUUGGGAGCCAAGACCUGGACACAGCACUGGACAUGUGGUCUCGCAAGUGCUGAACAGAAGGGGAGGAUCACCUCCUUUGAUCUGCCAACAAUAUUUUUCCUAAUUCAGCCCAGGAGGUAGCUGGUUGUCUUUGAUGCCAGAGCACACUGUGGGCUCUUGUUCAACUUGGUGUCCAUUAGGACCUCAAGGUCCUUCUCUGCAAAAUGCUUUCUACCCAGCAUGCAUCAGCCUGUACUGUUGCAUGGGAUUAUUCCUCCCCAGGUGGAGGACUUGGCAUUUCCCUUUCCCGAACUUUCUGAGGUUUCUAUCAAGCCAUUUCUUCAGUCUGCAGAAUCCCUCUGAAUUAGUAAUUCUUUUUCAUAGUUUAGAAAAAACACAGAUACUAUGUAUGUAUAUGAACACACGUAUAUAAGCCCAUUUUAUCUAGGGAUAACAGCAAGGUUAAGAUUCAGUGUUGGAUUAAAGUAUCUUUAUACGUCUACAUAUAGAUAUUUACAUAUGUGCUCUGUAUCUCUAAACCAUAGCUAUAGUCAUUGGAUUCAAUUGCUAAAAUGCCAACAAGUACCAAUUGCGAAGCUGUUAAAAAACCUACCUGGUGUCCACUACUGGUCUGAUUGGUUUCAGGUCUUUGGGUAAGUGACCAGAGCCCUUUGUCAACACAGUCAGUGAAGCUCAGUACAUUAUUCAGCUCCCGUGAACACGGACACCUAAAAAGGCAACUCAGUUACCCAAAAUAAAUGACUUGGAUUUCUUGGAGUAUAAGAUUUCUUAUAUUACAUAUUCUUAUAUUAUAUUUCUUAUUAUAAUAAGAUUUCUUGGAGUAUCCAAAACAUCCUCAUGGGACUGACAUACACAGUGCAGGAUUUAUUGGGAGUUCCAGAGGCUUCCUUAAACGGGAGUCAUGGGGAGUGGCAACUUGUAGCUAAGUGGAACAUCUUUCAUUAACUCAAAUAGAUGUAGACAUUCACAUGUGGUCCAUGAAUCAUAGACCAUCAGUGUUAUUGGUAGCUUAGAUACCUAGCUGCAGUGGUGACACAUGAAUGCAAAUCUGAACCACAGGAAUUCCAACUCAAGUUCUUAUGCUUUAUAAGAUGAGCCAAGCUCAUGUGUUCCACAGUAUUAAUGACACAUUAUAUAUUACUGUUAUAAGAUUUGAUUAUUCUGCCAUGAGCAAUUCCCGCAUAAUUUCAACCAGAAUAUGUUUAAGAAUAUUUUGUACUUAUUUUUCCUUUACAGUCCUUUCCAAGAGGAAAAAAAAUAAACUGUACAGGAUUGUAUGCAUUCAUACUGUACCUAGAACUCUUCCUAGACUGAAAAAGUUACUUUUAUAUGAGACUAAUAUAAAGAAACAUAUAUAAAUAUUUUUAUUGCCAAACAUAUGUGUUAGUCAUUAAUGUGCACAGUAUAACAUACAGUAUAACAUACAGAUAACCAGAUAAAAUUUAGAGAAAAAAUUUAGAAAAUAAGUGAACAUUCCCAUGAGCAAUUCCAUGCCCAGAUAAACACCAUUAAUAGGUGUGCGCAGUGUGUACACUUUGCUUGACCUCUUUUUUUUCUUUUGCGUGUUUUGUAAAUCAGUCUUUCAAAAUCACUAGCCUUUUUCGCUCAGCAUACAUGAAAUUAUGACAUUGGUAGUUCAGGGAAAUAAAAUGUGACUUCUUUCUUUUCCUUUUUAUGUCGACCACAUUGGUAAUCAAUCUAGUUCAGCAACUUUUUUUUGAACAAUGAUCAGUAUCAGUCCUCUGUCCUUCACAUUGCAGGCAAUGAUGAGGGAAGAACCAGGAAGCCAGCAUAUAAAAUCAAGCUCACUAGGGAUAAGCCUGGAGGUGGCACACACAGUGUUUGAGGGAUGAUGUGCUAGCGAGAUCCUUCAGUCUACCAUCUCAGCAGAGAUAGGGGAUGGAAAUCUGUGCAGCAGCAAAGACACAAGUGUUAUUGGUGUGUUAGAAACCAUGUAAGUGCGUGAGAAUGACCACGCAGAAAUUAGGGUUUGUCCUCCCAAGAAGCAGCAGGAUCAAUAGCCUAACUGAAGUGCAUCACACAAUGCACACAGCAUGGGCAACAAAGAGGAGUAGCUGGAAGCCAUUGUGCAUCAGGAAAACUAUGGAAUAGCUGCCAUCACAGAAACAUGGUGGGAGGUCUCACAGAACUGCAGUGCUCUGAUGGAUGGCUAUAAACUCUUCAGAAGGGAUAGGCAAGGAAGGAGAGGCAUUGGGGUAGUCCUGUAUAGUAAGAAGUGUUUUGAUGCUCUAGAGCUUGAAAACUGUGUCAACAGGGUUGAGUAUUUGUGGGUAAGAAUUAGGGGGAAAGUCAAUAGGGCAGAUAUCCUGGUGGGAGUCUAUUACAGACCACCCAACCAAGAUGAAGAGGCAAAUAAAAUAUUCUAACAGCAGCAGGGAGAAGUCUCACAAUCACUACCACUUUUUCUUGUGGGGGACUUCAACUUACCAUAUGUCUGCUGGAAAUAAAACACAGCAGGAGGUUCCUGAAACGUGUGGAAGUGACCUAUCUGUCACAGCUGGUGAGUGAGCUAAACAGGGAAGGCACUCUGCUGGACUUGUUGUUUGUGAACAGAGAAGGACUGGUGUGUGAUGUAGUGGUUGGAGACAAUCUUGGGCAAAGUAAUCACAAAAUGAGUUUUCUCCUCUUGGAGAAGUAAGGAGGGCAGUCAGUAGAACUGCUGUCUUGGACUUCUGCAGGGCAGGCUUUUGCCUUUUUAGGAGGUUGGUUGAGAGAGUCCCUUGGGAGGCAGUCCUGAGGGGCAAAGGAGUCCACAAAAGCUGUGCAUACUUCAGGAAGGAAAACUUAAAGGCAUAGGAGCAGUCAUCCCCACAUGCUGAAAGGUGAGCCAGUGUGGAAGAAGAGCUUACUAAAGUGAGUUUAUUAAGGAAGGCAACUUAACUAAGAAAGCUUCUGCUGCUUAGUCUUAUAAAAGCUUAAUGGCUAUUUAAAAGUUUUUCUUCAGUGAUACCUUUGUCUUAAGAUAUGAAUGUCUAAAGUUAAGAUUAUGUCAACAUUCACAUAGGUCAUUUUAUUAUCAAGAAAUUCCCCAGAAACUUACAGGAAACUGGAAUACAGAAACUGUCAGAUGAUUCUAAGUUGGGCAGGAAUAAUGAUCUGCUGGAGGGUAGGAAGACUCUGCAGAGGGAUCGGGACAGGCUGAAUCAAUGGGCCCAGGCCAAUGGUAUGAGGUUCAAAAAGGCCAAGUGCUGAGUCCUGUGCUUGGGUCACAGUAAUCCCAUGCAGCACUACAACCUGUGGAAAGAGGGACUGGAAAGCUGCCCAGUGGAUAAAACACUAGGGGUGCUGGUCAAAAGCUGCUGAACUUGAGCCAGUGGUGUGUCCAGGUGGCCAAGAAGGCCAAUGGCAUCCUGGAUUAUAUCAGAAAUAGUCUGGCCAGCAGGACCAGGGAAGUGAUCAUCCCCACACACAUUCAGCCCUGGUGAGGCUUCAUCCUAAAUCCUGUGUUCAGUUUUGGGCUCUUCACCACAUUAAGGUGCUGGAGCAGGUCCAGAGAAGGGCAGUGGAGCUACUGAAGGAUCUAGGGAGUAAGUCCUAUGAAGAGUGGUUAAGGGAGUUGAGACUGUUUAGCCUGGAGGAAAGGAAGCUUAGGAGUAACCUUAUCACUCUCUACAACUACCUGAAAGGAGGUUGUAGCAGGUGGGGAUCAGCCUUUCCUCAACAGCAACUAGAGACAUGAUGAGAGGAUAUAGACUCAAGCUGUGCCAAGGGAGAUUUAGGUUGGACAUUAGAAGGAAUUUCAUCAUGUGAAUCAUUGUUAAACAUUGGAAUGGAUUGCCCAGGUAGGUGAUGGAGUCACUAGCCCUGGAGAUAUUUGAAAAGGUAUGCAGAUGUGGCACUUAGGGAUAUGGUUUAGUGGUGGACUUGGCAGUUCUGGGUAAACAGCUGGACUCAAGGAUCUUAAGCUUCUUUUCCAGUCUAAAUGAUUCUAUGAUUCUUGACUGUCCAUUUCUAUUUUCUUUAGGUGUAACUGUGUUUUCAAAUGUGCUUGUAUCUCCUGGGGAAAAGGUACUGAAGUACUUAUUCUCAUAACUAAUAUCCUAGCACUUUAAAUAAACAUUUCAAGGUGACAGCUUUCCUUUGUAACUGGUGAAAGAGUAUAAAACCCAUUUAUUUCCUUGGGAAGCAAACAUUGUUUUUCUUUUCAUGAUUAAUAAAGUAUGAUUACAACAGCCAAGUAAAAGGUUAUCUUUGUGUUUCUCUCUUUCUAUAGAUAGAUGCACAUAUACCUCAUUUAUGUCUCUGUACCUGUAUAUUUAUAUGUUUAGUAAAAUAAUAUUCUUGUUCAUAUUAUAACAAGAUUUAGAUUAACUUAUUGAAGAUUUCAAAUUAACCUAAAUAUUUCCAUAGCAUCCUCUCAGGAUAAUGAAUUAAAAUAUGUGUUUGAAGCUAUCUCUAUUUAUUUUUUAAAAAUUCAGUUCUACUCUGAAGUAAUUGUGUAAAUAUUAAUCUUAUUCAGAAAAGUAUGUGGUUUUUUUAUGUGCUCUGAGUCAUAACUGACUAUAAUAGGAAUUAAAAUAAAAGUUGUUUCUAACUAUAUUACAAUAAGAAA